AUGCCUCCAAAAGGUUGGAAAAAGAAUGCGGAUCCAAGUGAGCAGCCGUUCAGGGACACUGAGCCUGUAUCGAUAGAUGAUAUCUUAUUUCCUCGAACAACAAUUCUGAAAUUGGCCAAAUCAAUAACCUCGGACGAAGAUAACCAAAAUAACAUGACCUUGGCAAAGGACUCGCUAUUGGCGUUGCAAAGAUCGGCUACAGUGUUUGUGAGCUACAUGUUGUUUCAUGCAAAGCAAGUGUCAAAAGCCACUGGUAGAAAGACGGUGACUGCUCAAGAUAUAAUGGCAGCUUUGGAGCGAGCUGAAUUUGCAGGAUUCCUCCCUGAAGUUAAACAGAGACUAGGAGAAUUUGAGUCGUUGGCAAAAGCAAAGAAGCAAAAGAAGUUGGAGGAAAAGAGUUCAAGUAAAGAGGAGGAAACAAUGACAAAGAAAUCGAGGGUUGAAACUCCAGAUGGCAAGAUUGAAUCGCGUAAAGUUGUUACAAGUGGCACUGAUGAUGAUGAUGAUGAAGAUGAAGAAGAUGCUGAAAUUGAAGAGACAGAAGAUCGAGAUGAUCUGAGUGACGAAAUCGAGGAUGGGCUGGACGAUGAGGAAAAGGCUGAAACUAAUCCCAUAUCUGAGCUUUCCAAAGAUGAGCAAGAAUUGCGUGGAGAAGAGGUUGAUGAUGAAAAACGUGCUGAAGAAGAGGAUGAUGAUGAGGAGGAGGAGGAGGAGGAUUAG